UCAGCUCCUUACGGACAGAGGAAGAGCAACACUGGGUGCAGUUCGUCUAGAAGCGGCAGUGAACGCUAAUAAACUGGUUAAACCUAAAGUAAUUUUCUAAAACUCGUAUUUUGUUCACACAGCCGGGACCAGGAGUUCUAAUUGACACUUUUCAACUACUUCUUCGUCAAGAUGAGCUUCUUGUUUGGCAGUCGCUCAUCUAAGACCUUCAAGCCGAAGAAAAACAUCCCAGAAGGAUCCCACCAGUAUGAGCUGCUGAAACACGCUGAGGCGACACUGGGCAGCGGGAACUUGAGACAGGCUGUCAUGCUGCCAGAGGGAGAGGAUCUCAAUGAAUGGAUUGCUGUCAACACUGUAGAUUUCUUUAACCAGAUCAACAUGCUGUAUGGCACCAUUACUGAUUUUUGUACAGAGGAAAGCUGUCCGGUCAUGUCUGCUGGGCCAAAGUAUGAAUAUCACUGGGCUGAUGGGACAAACAUCAAGAAACCCAUUAAAUGCUCGGCUCCCAAGUAUAUCGAUUACCUCAUGACCUGGGUGCAGGACCAGCUUGAUGAUGAAACCCUUUUCCCUUCAAAGAUUGGUGUCCCCUUCAAGCGUAACUUCAUGUCCGUGGCCAAGACGAUCCUGAAGCGCCUGUUCAGGGUCUACGCUCACAUCUACCACCAGCACUUUGACUCGGUCAUGCAGCUGCAGGAGGAGGCCCACCUCAACACAUCCUUCAAACACUUCAUCUUUUUUGUUCAG